AAAGGUACAGUGAAGCUCGGUAUUGGAUUAUUUGUUUGGGAAACAUACGUACUUUGUUUAUUGUUGCAUCGAUGCUUGUAAACAACUCAGUUUUACCAGCUGAUGGAGUAAAUAUCAAGAAGUAAAUAUUCCAUUGCUCAUACAAGGCCAAACAAAGUGUGUUGGAUCACAAACCAGACUGUUGAACUCAACUAGUCCCCUAAUUUGUAAAUUAAUUUUGAUAUGCAGAAGUAAACGAGAAGGAGGGCCAAAAUGAUGGAAGGAUCAUCGGUUCCUAGCAACCAUGAGAUGGGAGAUGAUUCACCGGACAUGUCGUCAUUGAAGGAACCACAACCCAAACCACAGCGUUCGUUGUUAUUCAACGAUAUAAGAUUCUUCAUAUUCUGUUACUGUAUCUCCAAUUUAUUGUCUAACACUGUCAUUGUGUAUGUGGUUUCACAAAUUACCGCGCUUGAACGUGAAUUUCAUCUCUCCAGCUCACAAACAGGUUUCCUGGUAUCCAGCAUGGAUCUGGGUGUUUUUACUACCACCAUAGUUGUAGGAUAUUUCGCCAACAAAGUUCAUAUACCUAAAAUUUUAGCAAUAACCACAUUGGUAUUCGGUAUCACAGCCUUAGACAGUAGUCUACCUCAUUUUAUAUUCGGACCUGGUGAUGCUGACUAUUCUAAUGACAGUGUUAUUGAAGGGAAUCUCAGUCCGAUACGGGAACAUCUAUGUCAAGAUAGCAACGUAUCAGUCAGAGAGCAGUGUUCUGAAGCCGACCAUCAAGAUGUUCAAACAGAAGCUAUUGAAGGAACCAUAUCGUUUUGGAUGGUGGUUAUGGGAUGUAUAUUAAACGGAGUGGCUCUAUCUCCUCGAUAUCCUUUCUUCGUCACCUUUGUUGAAUCCAAUACUGAUAAAUCUAGGAGUGGGUUUUUCAUAGGUAAGUAA